AUGGCGAAGAAGCACCGAGUUAAGCGUCAAAAGUACGUGGAGCACCUUCGACGCCUAGAGAAGGAGAGGGAUGAAUAUUUGGCAAAGCGCAUGCGUUCCAAACGAAGCCGCGCGGAGCGCAAUGAGGAGGACAUCUUUGGCGAGGCCAAAGACAAUCUCGUGAUGGGCGAAAGGAAGCGUGAGCGCAAAGAGGCGCCUGGCAAGGAUCAGGCGAUCGUUCCCUCGCACGAGGACAAGGCGAGGGACAACAAGGGUGACGUCUUCGUCGAUGUGAAGAAGGCGGAGAGUAAGGGGAAGGAUGCUACGUUACCGGCAGCGAAGGCAGGGGGGAGGCGACUCAAUCGUAAGUAUUGA